GGGAAACUGGUGGGUAACAUUAAUCUUCAACAAUCUCUCAAACUUCAACCUCACAUUACACAAGAGAUUAGAAUUCGUUGGUGAUUACACUAUAAGAACCUGUGCAUGCUCUAAAAUCAUUUACCACCUAGCUAGCUAGCUGCAUAUCAAACCUUAUUAAGGGUUAUCAACCCUUAAUUAAUUCUACCUAGCUAGCUGGCUGCACAUCAAACGUUAUUAAGGGUUAUCAACCCUUAAUAAAUUCCUACAUCCAUAUAACGUUGGCCUAAAGGCCGGGUUCGAUCUCCAUAUACAUAAAUAUUUCAGUACAUGCAUAAAAAUGGAUAUGAAAUAUAAUAAAAAGACUCUAGGAUUAUCAAUCCUGGCCCUUUUUGUGGCGGUGGUUGUCGUUUCCACGGCCGUUUAUGUGACACAAAAAGAGGAAACCCCGGCAGGUGAUCACAGCAGUGGGACCACUAUGUCAUCGUCCGCCAAAGCUGUGGAAGCAGUGUGCAAGCCGACGUUACACAAGGAGGUGUGCAUGGCCAAGCUCUCCGCCGCCACUAACAGCACCGACACCAAGGAUCUCGUGGAAGUCGCGUUCAACGUCACGGUCCAAGAGAUAUCCGACGUCAUGGCCAAGUCUAAGCUUCUCCGCAAUGCCGCAAAAGAUCCCCGGACCUCCAAAGCCUUCGACGUCUGUCACGAUCUUCUAGAAGACUCCAUUGAUGACAUCAAGCGUGCCUUGAAUAGACUCACAGACUAUGCCUCGGCAGCUACCAAUCUCGACCUCUUCAUGAAUGACAUUAAGAUUUGGCUCAGUGGCGCAUUAACAUUCGAGAACACUUGCCUUGACGGAUUCCUGGGCACCCAAGGUUAUAUAUAAAGAUAAACACACCACACUACAUAUACGCAUAUAUAUAUAUAUAUAUAUAUAUAUAUAUAUAUAGGAUUGUUUAACUUAAAAUCUGGAGUUCCACUCUAAAAGGUCAACCUAACAGAUGAAGUAGCUCAUAUCUUAAAAUAGCACUUUAUUAAUUCACAAUUUUUUCGGUGUGGGUCUUCACCACCCCUUCUCACGACCAAACAUUUUAUAUGAGUCGUGUCAUGAUUUAUUAUUCAUCGGUUUGUCAUUGCAUUCUAAAUGACAAUUUAAUAAGAGGAAUAGUCAAUAUUUUAAUAUAGCAUUUUAUUAUUUCACAAUUUUCCAGCGUGAGCCUUCAACAUUACUUCAUAUAAAAUGAUUUAUUAAAUCUUUAAUGAUUAGGUGACAGUGGUGAUAAGAUGAAACAGCUAUUGGUUACCGCUCAGCAGCUCACAGGCAAUACCUUAGAAAUGGUUGAUGAGAUUCAUCAGGCGUUGACGGCACUGGAUAUUCAAGGUCUUAACCGAAAACUGUUGGUGGUGAAUAGUAAAAAGUGGCCAACGUUCUUGCCUACAGGUUGGUGGAAUAGCGACGAUGAAAUCACCCUAAGGCGCAGUAUGCUUCUGGAAUCUGGUUCUGAUUAUUCUAAGGCAGCCGAUGUUAUUGUGGCUAAAGACGGGUCGGGGAAAUACACGACGAUCAAUGAGGCGCUAAAUGAUAUCCCUCUCGAGAGCACAAAGCCUUUCGUCAUAUACAUAAAAUCUGGUGUCUAUGCCGAACAUGUAGUUCUUGAAAAGAAGAUGACAAAUGUGGUUUUCGUAGGAGAUGGUCCCACAAUCACUAAGAUCUCUGGAGACAGAAGUUAUGUUAGUGGUUACCAAACUAGUGAAACUGCAACCCUCAGUAAGUAUAUACUCUGUAUAUAGAACUUCAUCAUAUUAUUAAUUGUACAGCAUCCCAAAUGGAUUUUCAAAGUCAAUAUUUUUAAUUUUGACAUGUUAAAGUUCAAUCCCCUCUAUUGAUAAUUAAUUCAAUUUUUAAUAAUUAAAAUUUACAUAUUCAUAAACUACAUUAAAAUCUCUUCAAAUUUGCAUACUCCAAAUUAGAAUAUAAUUAAGAAUUGACAUCCUAAUUAAGUGAAUAAAAUGAAACCGUUUAACUAAAAAAUCAAUUUUGCAAAUCAAUUUGGGAUGGAUGUCAUAAGUAAUAAAGUUGUACGUACAAUUCAACCCAUGCAUGUGAUGUGCAGCAAUCAAGGGUGAUGGUUUCAUUGGAAAGGACAUAGGCGUUGAGAACACUGCCGGCCCCAGCAGCCAUCAGGCCGUGGCUCUCCGGGUCCAGGCCGAUCGCGCGAUGUUCUUCAACUGCCAAAUUGACGGCAACCAAGACACCCUCUACGUCCACGCCCACCGACAGUUCUACCGGGACUGCACCAUCACCGGGACCAUAGAUUUCAUCUUCGGCAACGCUGCUGCUGUCUUCCAGAACUGCAGCCUCAUCAUCAGGCGUCCCCUCGUCACCGACGGUUCAAGUCAAUCCUGCAUGGUCACGGCUCAAGGAAGGUCACAGGCAGACGAGCCCACCGGAAUCGUGAUUGUCGACUCCUCCAUCACCGCAUCGCCGGAGUACUUGAGCUCCACGGCCCCGAUCGUGUCAUUCCUUGGACGGCCGUGGAGGCAAUACGCAAGGGUAGUGAUCAUGAAUACGAAAAUCGAUGUGCGCAUAUCUCCAGAGGGGUGGGCCCCGUUCCAAGGGACGUUUGGGCUGGAAGACUGUUGGUACGGAGAGUUCGGGAACAGCGGAGAGGGAGCGGACGUGAGCGGGAGAGCCAAGUGGGCUGGAAUCAAGGGAGCCAUUAGUGAAGAGGUUGCUGAAGGAUUUCUUCCUGGAAAUUUCAUUCUAGGAGAUUCUUGGAUCCCUCUUACUGCACUGCCUUAUGCUCCCGGCUUCAUGCAAGGUGGAGGAGCUAGUGGGGGUCAUGGGUGGGCAAGCGUCCCCGCACCGAGUCCAGAACACUACUAGUACUUAUGUAAUAGAGAUCUGCCCCGCUUCAUUUCCAUUUGAAUAAUAUUAAUUUUUAUAUGAGUCUUUAGAUUCAAAUGUUGUAGAAAGUGGCAUAAAGAAACACUUUUGCCUUGAGGAAGAAAAAUGCACUAUUAUUUAAAACCAAUACCAUUUUG